CCUCACACAACAAAAACACCACGCUCAUUUACAAAAGAACCUGAAUCAUCUCUCGACCAGCAACGCCCAGGCGUCAGCAAGUAAACAGGCACCAUGCAGCUACCAACGUUAGCUGUUGCUUUGCUUGUAGCAAGCACGUCUGUCGUAGCUGCACCAGCUCAUAGACGAUCUCCACACAACAAGCAAGCUAUUCCACAAUUGUCUACUCAGGGGCAAAUACAGAGUGGCAAUCAUUUCUCUGAGGGGCUUCGUGGGUUCGUCAAACGAUGGAAUUUAUUCAAUAACCAAGAGGUCAAUGACCAAGAGGAGCACAUCAAACAUCGGUUCACUUAUCCCAUCAAUCGUGCGCCAGCCGACGUCCGCGCGGACACAGAUUCAGCGGCGGGCCCUCCAGCGACAGCUCCUCCGGCAUCCGCCCCUUCAGCAUCCGCACCCCCAGCAUCUGCACCCCCAGCAUCUGAACCGCCAGCAUCUGCGCCCCCGACAUCCGCUCCACCGGCAUCCCCUCCUCCAGUGUCCGCUCCCCCAGCUCCUCCGGGUACCGAACCCCCAGUAUCGCCUCUGGUACCAACGCCCACGGGUCCCAUCGUCACUGGAACCGGCGGUCCUAUAGCAGGAGGCAACUCCUCUGCCGCAGGUGUUUUUCCCAACUCCACGAGCAUUGCUCCCCUACCUGCACCCUCCAACGCAACUCUCACAGCCCCUUUGGUCACCUCAGCAGCACCUUCCAUCCCAGCAGUCAUUCCCUCAGCAACACCAGUAGCCCCACCAGUUUCCUCAAGCAGCGUCGCUGUCGUGGUGCCCUCAAUCACAUCCCCAAUUCCAGGCAUUAGCUCUGCCAGCGCCGUUGUCGUGCCUCCCUCAGCAACAAGCAACUCCGCCGCCGGCCCAGUCAUCGUCACUCCCGGUGUAGGCGGUGCCGUCUCCCCAACCACGACCCAGACAGUCCUCAUCACCGCAGACCCCCCAGCCGCCAACGGCGCCCCCGGCGUCAUUGUCGUGAGCAUCACCCAAGCAGCCGGCGACCCAGUUUCCGUCCCCGCUCCCACAUCCGCAGCCGCCACCAAUUUCAUCACCAUCGCCAAUUCCCAAUCCUUCGCCAGCACCACCACCGUGAUCAUCGACGCCUUGGUCUCCCAGCCAGCUGGCUUUUCCGCGUUCUCUGGCAUCUCGGGGUUUCCCGAUAACUCUGCAACUGCCAUCGCCCCCUCCAUCGCAACAGCACAAGCACAAGCAGCUCCAACAGUUGUAGUAAUCGACAUUGUCCCUGCCCCUUCCUCAGCCGCCGCGGGAGGCCAAGCAGCUACCAGUGGUAAUGGCUCCAAUGAUGGCUCUCCUGCCAACUCCAUCGCAGGUGGUGGCUCCCUAGCACCUAUUAUUGUCACAACAGUGACUGCCCCCGUCAUCCUUCCCACCGCUCCACCUACCACUCCGGUCAUUGUCACUGUCACCAACUCCAAUAAUGCAGCCAACUUGCCAGCUCAGACGGCGGUUGCCAGCACUGUUACUAUUACUCUUGGCAGUGGCGGCAGCGGUGGUGGUGGCUCGGGAUCAGGACCAGGAACAACGACAGUAACUGCCGCUCAAGCUCCUCAAGCCCCAGCUCCUCCAAGUAUCAUUUUUGUAACGGUAACUGCUAGCCCAGUCACUGCCAGCGCUCCUUCAAAUACCGGCGCCGGAGCGGGAGGAAGUGGUGGUGGUGGUGGUUCUUCCUGGAGUUGGACUACUACCUUCCCUGGUUUCACGUGGUCUUGGACUUCUUCUGGGUCUACUACUGGGUUUGCUACUGCUGCACCGAGUGCCUCCGCCCCUGCCGCCGCCCCAGGCUCUGGAGGUUCCGGAAGUGGUGCUGCUGGCGGUGGUGAAGUCGGUAAGGGAGACAGAACAGUAAGUCUCCUGGAAACCGUAACUUACACUACCACGGAGGGCUGGCCAUUCCCGUCGGCGACGGAGGUGGUGACGGCUGUGGCGACGAGUCUUGUGGCGGUGCCGAGUGGGAAUCCGGAUAAUGAGAAGGGGGGUUUGUGAGUUGGGUAAUUUUGACUCAGUUUCUCGGGAUUUCUUUUGAUAAUUGUUGGUUUACCUUGUGUAGUGGAGGCAGUUGGGAUCACGUUCCCUAUCUUUUUUUCGUCUUUCUUUUUUCUUCUCCUGUCUAACCAUGUUAACGGAGUUCUUUGUGUACCACUUGCUUGUGACUAGUGGUUGAAAAUCUAAGGACACAAGAAAGAAUGAUAUCGGUGGGUCUCGUGCAGUGGCCAGAUUGUAAUGUUUCUAUCUCUCACUACCUACUUUCAAUUCUAGAUACUUGGCACAAUGCGUAAUCAAUGGUGCGGACAAUCAUACACUACAGUGAACACCAUCCUAUCUUUGUCUGAGAUUACCUAGAUAUCUAUUCUCUUCUUUAAGCCAUCAUCCAAACCUCUUUUCCCUCUCCCAAUUAAAAA